GUCAACCACUAUGGAAUUGCAAUUAUAUGAAAAUUUCCAACAUGAUCUAAACGAAUUGAAUACAUUUCAAGAAUUCCUCAACAUGGAAAGCAUAAUAAAACGUAUCGAAACAAGCAGACAAUUUAACAGUUUGUGUGUAUCCAAGAAAAUAAAAGGAAGACGUUUUAAUCCGCUUGUGGAUUUGACAGAAUCCCAAUUUCGACGUAGCUAUAGAUUUAGCAAAGACAACAUGAAACGUUUGCUAGAAAUGUUAAAAGAUGAUUUGGAAAUCGAGCAACAGAAUGGUGAGAGGAAGGAACGAAAAAAUCAAGUACCGAUAGAAAAUCAAAUAAUGGCUGCAAUACGGUACUGGGGAGGGACAGAGCACACGGAAAUUACCGCACGCUUUCAUGGAGUCUCAUUUCGAACUUUAUUAAAGAUCAGUAAACGUGUAGCUGAAGCUUUGUCCUUUAAAGCCUCACGUUACAUACGUAUGCCUUGUCUAUUACUGGAAAAGGAGAAAGUAACGAAAUCAUUUUACGAUUUAGCCCAUAUGCCACAGGUAAUUGGAGCUCUAACUCAUACAAAGGUAAAAUGUAAGCGGUCUAAUGGUGACAAUGAAAUGCAAGCAAAAACCGAUGACAUUCUGCAUAUACAAAUCGUAACCGAUGCUGAUUUUAAAAUACGCGAUCUAGAUUGUCGUUUUCAAACUUCGUCGGUUGGCAGUAACAUGUUUACACCGGUCGAAAUAUUUGCUCAAACACGUAUCAAAGAACGUUUCGAACAAAAUGAAUUUCGUGGUCGUCUUUUGCUAGGAGAUGGUUCAUUGAAAUGUUCUUCAUAUCUCUAUACGCCGGUAACAUGUGCCAUCACAUUGGCCGAACAGGCUUUCAACAAUGCUCAACGUUUAACUUAUGAACCAGCCAGGUUUUGUUUAAAUCUUUGGCGUCAACGUUUUGCUAUAUUGGACAAUGAAUUGUAUGGUUCGUCUUCAACAAAUCGUCAUGUUAUUGUGGCUUUAGUUUUGUUGCAUAAUAUGGCCAUCGAAUGGAGUGAUUCUUCAUUGGAUGAUAACAAUAAAUUAAACACUUGCUGCCGUCCUUCUUUGUUGGAAUCUUCAAAAACAACGGAUGAUCGCGGUCGUUCUGAAUUUAUUAAAAAUCAUUUUUACUCUUCAAUACAUUGAAGGGAGUAGAUUAGAAAUAAAAAGAAAAAAACAUGAAUAA